CAGUUGUGAUAUACCCGACACUUGUGUUUGACCAUGCAGAGCUGGCGGUUAAGCUAAAUACUUGUACAUUUGUGAAAGUCUGCUCGGCGGUAUACUAUACUAUACAUACUAGUAUAUGUAGGAGGAGGAAGUGUUGUAAAUAAACUAUUAUGGAUCCUCUGCUUAUUGUCAUUCUUACGAUAGGAUUAUUCCAAAGAGGUGGGCUAUGCUUGCCAGCAAAAGAUGAUUCCCAAACAAAGUUGAUCGUCCUUCAGAAUGAAGACAUGGAGCCCACUGUAUUGGACUGUGCCUAUGAUAUCAAAGAUACACAAUCGUUUCUCACCGUGAAAUGGUUCAGAGAUGAUAAAACUAUAUAUCAGUGGAUUCGCGGAGCUCAUCCAGCACCCAUUCCUGAAUUCAAAAAUGAUAUUGACAGCUCCUAUGAAAGCUCAACGGAUCCCAAUAAACAGUACAGCUCGUUGGCUUUAAUAAAUCCCACAAUACACACAACCGGGGACUACAAGUGUGUGGUUCAGACGGGAUCGGAGACGAUUACCAGACAUCAAAAAGUGCAGGUCAUCGAUGUGAGGAACUACACUCUAUACCUGAAUCAGAAUAAAAUUCAAAAUGAAACUCAGCUGGAAUGCGUGGUAUCCAAUGUUUUUCCCAAGCCCACACUAACGAUCAUAUCGGAAGACGAUGAUGUUGUAAAGAAAGAGCCCCGAGCGCCUGAGGAAAACGAAGACGGAUACUUCAAUGCGACAACGGUUGUUGCAGUCUACGACAGUGAUGACGAUGUGGACUCCUAUCAGUGUGUAGUCUCUUUCGAGGGCUACUCCAAAAACUUGACCGCAUUCGCAACAUCCGGAGGGUCUGGGGGAGGCCAUAUCGAUCUUAGAAUGUGGCUGUUUUGUGUUAUGUACUUUUUCCUUUCGAAGUUGAAAGUUUUAAUUUAAAUAAAAAAGUUGUUGAUAUUUGUUGUUACUAAAA